CGAGUGUGAGCUGACUGAGACUCUCCCUGCAGGUUAAAAGAUAACUACCGGUUUCUGUGUCUUUCUUUAUUCAACGGUAGUCCGAACCUAACAGAGACACAGCAGAAAAGAUCCUUCAAAUCUGAGGAGAGCAAAUAAGUUGAAGACUGAGCCUUCAGUAGAUCCCUCCACUCAUUAAUUUACAACCUUUAAGAUGAAGACAAGUCUUGCGAUCCAGUGCAUUGUUCUCCUGGCCUGCAUGGCCUUCUGCAGUUCACAAAUUACUUCAAAGUGCUGGUGUUUGACGAUCAGUAAGAGUGUAAAUCCCUCUCUCAUCACUGGUGUCCAGGAGUUUGGUCCUCGUUCAUACUGCAGUAAGAGAGAAGUCGUUGUCACACUGAAGGAUGGGACAAAACGGUGUCUCGAUCCUGAGGCAAAGUUCACCAAAGCAGUGCUGCAAAGAAUAAACCAGUUGAAAAGUGGGCAUAAGAUUAAUGCCAGCUCAAAAACAACAACAGCAGCACCUACAGCAGCACCUACAGCAGCACACACAGCAGCACACACAGCAGCACCUACAGCAGCACACACAGCAGCACACACAGCAGCACCUACAGCAGCACCUACACUGCUGCAGUAA